AGAGCAGGAAACUUUGGCAGCAAGCUAGGACGGCUUUGCAGAUCGGGCUUUCGUUUAGCCGAGAACUGGCCACUUGCUGGAAUUUGGAUGUCCCGCCAACACUCCGCAGACAGCAGUCGAUCGAUCUCAUCCAAGGGCCAUGGACAUAACGGAGUUCAUCUUCUCCCAGAGAGAGGAGGUUCUUCUCGUCGGAGACUACAACGCCUACCGCGCACACGCUUCCCGGAGGCUGCUCAAACUCCGCCGGAAACUCGGGCAGACCACACCCAAGGGUCGCAAAUAUGCAGCCAAGUCACCCGUGAGCGCAGAAGAUAUUGCAAGCAAUGCUGGGUUCGCACACCUCCUGCUUCUUUGCUCAGAGAGAGCAUGGGCGCACGCAAUGCACAUGAAGUCGACUCACGCGGCAGACCCCUCAGCAAAGGGAAUUGUCGGUUCUGCCAGGCGUCAUAUUAUCUCACGCCUGAAUAAAGCCAUUGGUUAUGCAAGACAGCUUCUUGAUACCCUACAAGACCAGUCGACUUCUGGCGCUAGCGACACCGACCUCCUCGAAGCGCGCGCAUAUCUUGCGUCCCUCUCUGGGGCUUUGUGGCUGGAAAAGCGGAGGUGGGAGGAGUGCCUCCAGGACUAUUCGGUCGCAAGAGUGGUAUACACAGUGUUGGGUCACAAGAUUAAGACAGAUACUUUUAGGGAGCUUCUCUCCGGCACCGUAGACCCCAGUCUACGGUAUGCGGCCUAUCAGCUAAAACUUCCUCGUUCGAAAGCUCUUCCUGCUCUGGCUGUCGAAUAUUUCCCAUCGGAUGCUGAGCUUCGUUCUAAAAUUGAAAGUGUCUGUCCUGGUUGUCUCGUGGAGGAAGCGUCUGGAGCUAACAGGACUGUCGACGGCCAAGUUCCCGAGACCGUUACCUGGAGGUCACGAACGGUUCCUUUGGAAGAUGCCUCGAUUGCAGUGGCGAUUGCCUCUACGUCAACCGCAGAAUCUCACCUUGCAUCGUGGCUCGCGGAACCUGCAGGGAAAUCAGCUUCGGCGAAAGAUAAAGCAGCAGCUUAUGAUAGCGUCAUUAGUGCCAGCCAGGAUGCCGUGGAUGCUACUAAAUCAGCCAUCGACGACCUUGUUGGUGAGGGAGUAGACUCCGGGGAUAAACGGAUGCAAUCUCUGCAGGUCACUCGCACGGCGGUCCACUACACUCUGGUGGGAUGGAGAGUAGGGCGUAAUCGGAUUCUCUGCGGCGACCAAGAUGGUGUUUACUUUGAAGAAGAGCGGACGAAAGUGACUAAGCGCGGUGAGCCCAACGGGAAGAAGCUGACCAGACUGCGUGAGAAGGUCGCAUUGUAUGACUCGACCUUACAGAGUGUGGAGCUUAUCCUGGAGCUUCCUGGAGUGGCAGGGGACACCAGCUUUGUUCAGGAGCUUGAAGGAAAGCGCAGCUACUUCAGAGCUUUGAGAUGCCUUGCUAUUGGACGGUCCCAUGGUAUCCUUGGCAAGUCUAAGAACGCCCUUGCACUCUACUCUCGGGCAUUAGAACUUGCGGCAGCCUCUGUCCGUUCAUCGGCCGAUGUGGAGGGUCCACUGAAGCUGGAGGUCUCGCGCCAACAAGUCCAGACUCUGGAAAAUGUCCUUCAGGGAUUAGUUGCAACAUAUCAAGGCUUGGUCACUCUGGAGAUGCUCUCCGCGGAAGAGGCAGCGAAAGCAACAAAUCAGUCCUCAUUUAUCGAGCGGUUGCACGAGUUCUCGGGAGAUAGAUUGGACUUGGGGAGCCUGGUCCCAUACCCUCCUCAAAUGAAGCCGAUCCCAGUUAAGCCUCUGUUCCUCGAUGUAGCGUGGAACUACAUCGACUAUCCCCGCGCAGGUGAACCGCGUGGUACGCCCGAGAAACCGACGGAAGAGAAGAAAGGUGGCCGCCGUGGUUGGUUCGGUUUUGGGCGGUGAAACGGGCGUUUUCGAUAUCGGUCUGUGGCUGGGUAUUGUACAUGCAUGCGGAGUCUCCAUCGAUGGGCUGAUGCGGGCAUGUCGUGUGUAUAGGAACCGGGGCUGGCUAGAACAGCAGGCAGCAGAAUACAUGCGCAGGCCCGUUUUGGGGUCGGGCAAUGGCUGAAGGGAGUACUGUGUUGUCUGUAUCCACAUGUCGGGUCGGCCAUUGCCACAGGCAUGCUGCUAUUCUUGCCUCUUCCCGACUCCAUGGAGUAAUUUUAUUACACAGUAGAGCAAAUGAUAAUGGUCCCAACAGAUGUGGCCUGAUUUGUAGAGCAUCUCUGUUAAUGCUCAAUAGCCUCACCGCUCCAGUGUUGUCCCAGCAUGUUGUGCAUCCAUCGACGGAACAUAGACUCCAGGUCCCUCCAGGUCAACGAUUCCAUUCGCUUUUGCCCAUUAUAAGGUUAUCUGGAAUUAUCGUCGGUGACAAUCUUGGCCAAUGUGGCACUGUUGAAGGGGAGCCUGGAGACGCUGGGACCAACACUCCAUAAUAAGACUCGGUAAUAAAAAAAAGACC